AUGAUACAUCCAUCUAGGAGAUCUCCCCUGCCUCCUAGAACAACAGACGAUAGACUGAUACGAAGCGGAGAGGCGCGGGGACUAGAGUUUAAUUCCCCUAAGACUUUCACUAAGGAGGAGAGGUUUUGUGGACACAGAGGGUAUCUACAUAUGAUACCACAGGAAUCUGGAAAACAUGUCAGUUCUGGAGGAUCCUCCUGUAAAGCUAAAAAACCAUCAGGAGAAUGGCAUCACUUGGUUACACAAAGUUGGCUGCACCUAGGAUAUACCCAUUUUCUGCAAAGUGCCUCUAUGAAGGCAGAGCAUUAUUUUUCAAAGGCAUUAGCACUGGAUCCCAACCUUGCCAUUGCAUAUUAUAGAAGAGGGGUUGCUAGAUACUGUUUAUAUACUGCCACACAGCCUGCAAGCUUGUCACAUACAACCGUUUUGGGGGACCUGGAAAAAGCAUGGCAAUUGGAACCAGAGAAUGUGAAGUUUCAAAUGCGUUUUAAGGAAUUCAAAGAUGUUUAUGCAGGUAGGCUUCCUCCACCCAACAUUAUGCUGGAAGAGAUUCCCCCGGGAUUGUGCAUCAAGCUGCUUUAUUUACUUGACUGCGAAGAUCAGGACAGGCAGGAAUAUCAAGAAGCAGCUGCAGAAACUUCACAGGCAUUCCUCAGCUCAUUGAUAAAUCAAAAUAUUAGUCCAGUUAUAGACCUGCUAAAGCAGCGUUUAAACAAUGAGCACUAUCUUCCAACUUUCUUUGCUGCCUGCAAACAUUUGGAAAUCAAUGGUCUGAAUAUGUUAUUUUCUGAAGGGAAUUCCACCAAGAUAGAUAAUGUGAGUAAAGGUAUGCUCACCUGUUGUGAUUCUUGGACAACUGAUAAGGUAAAAAGGUUUUUAGGUGAAUUAAGCAAAGAUGAUAGCAUCAGCCAUCAUGUUAAGCAGAUUAUCUCAUUGCCUCAGGAAACUCAUUUCAAAGAGCUUCUAUUCUUUUAUCUGGUAAAGAUUUUAGAAGGACCUAAACAAGUAAACAAGCUUAUCACAUUUGCUAUAUCUUAAGAAGAAUCUCUCUCUCUCUC